AGACAGAAAGCAGAAUUCAGAAACAGUCAGAAACGGAACGGAAUCCGAAAUCUACACGCAUAGCCCCACAUGGAGGGCGUUAACAAUAUAAUUUAAAAUAACCACAGUACUCGGAGAGUGAAACAUAGAAUUUGAGUGAAUUGCAUUAUAGUAUAUGAAAUAUAUUUUUUAAAAUGUUUUCCUGUGUUCCCAGGUCAUUGAAAUGCUGUACAAAUAUAGGACCCAAAAGGGCAUUGCCCUACGCACUAACAAAUAGCCCAGUUUUCCUCGACCCAUCAGUACCACAAUGCAGGACCUACCACGAAGUUACUGGCGAUAUUAUCUGCCCAAAUAUGGUGCGAGGAAUCGACCAUCUCAGGGACCCACGACUCAACAAGGGUCUGGCAUUUACACUAGAAGAGCGUCAAGCUCUCGGCAUACACGGCUUAUUGGCUGCCAAGUUUAAAUCUCAAGAGGAACAACUGGACAUCUGUAGGAUAUCGAUAGACAGAUAUGAGGACAAUUUGAAUAAAUACCUUUACCUCGUCGAGUUACAGGAUAGAAAUGAAAAGUUGUUCUUCAGACUUUUAUCAGAGAAUGUGGAGAAGUAUUUGCCAAUCGUUUACACGCCGACUGUGGGUCUAGCGUGUCAGAGGUUCGGUCUCAUCUAUAGAAGACCAAGAGGUCUCUUUAUUACCAUCAAUGAUAAGGGACAUAUAUUUAACAUAUUGAAGAAUUGGCCCGAGCCUGAUGUAAGAGCGAUAGUCUUCACCGACGGUGAACGGAUCUUGGGUCUAGGUGAUUUGGGCGCGUACGGUAUGGGCAUCCCGGUCGGCAAACUCUCCUUAUACACCGCGCUUGCUGGGAUCAAACCUCACCAAUGUUUGCCGAUCACGCUUGAUGUGGGGACUGACAAUCAGGAUCUGUUGGAGGAUCCCCUUUACAUCGGGCUGCGACAGCGACGUACAAGAGGGAAGGAGUAUGAUGAGUUUAUUGAUGAGUUCAUGGAGGCGUGCGUGCAGAGAUAUGGACAGAAUACGCUGCUACAGUUCGAAGAUUUCGCGUUAAUAAACGCGGGUCGUCUACUCCAGAAGUAUAGGAACAAGUACUGCACGUUCAAUGACGACAUCCAAGGUACAGCGAGCGUGGCGGUGGCCGGCCUCAUGGCCGCAGUCAGGGUCACCAAGAGGAAACUCAGCGAGAACAUCUACCUCUUCCUGGGAGCGGGUUCCGCGUCAAACGGCAUCGCUAACCUGACGGUGGCUGCUAUGAUGUCUGAGGGUCUGACGGAGCGCCAGGCUCGUGAGCGAGUGUAUAUGUUUGACGUUGACGGGUUACUGUCGACGCGACGCGAGGGCGGAGUCCCCGAACAUGCGAAAGCUUUCGGCAAAGAUAUUGAACCAGAGAAGGACUUUGAGACGUGUGUGGCGAAGAUUAAACCCAGCUGUCUUAUUGGUUGUUCGACUGUGGGCGGCGCGUUCACCCCGAAGGUGCUGCAGCAGAUGGCGCGCAACAUCGAGCGGCCGGUGAUCUUCGCGCUCUCCAACCCCACCAGCAAGGCGGAGUGCACCGCACAGGAUGCUUACGAUCACACUGAGGGUCGUUGCAUCUUCGCGUCGGGGUCUCCGUUCCCGGCGGUGCAGUACGGCGGCAAGGAGUACCACACGGGGCAGGGGAACAACUCCUACAUCUUCCCCGGCAUCGCGCUCGGCGUCAUCGCCACCGCCACCCACCACAUACCAGAGACUAUGUUCUUGACUGCAGCGAGGACACUGGCUAAUUAUGUAAGCGAAGCUGAUCUGUCCAUUGGCCGUAUCUAUCCCUCGCUGGCCGAGGUGAAGGAUGUUUCUCUCUCCAUCGCGAUAGAGGUCGCUAAGAUGGCUUAUGAUGAGGGUCUCGCCUCAGUAUAUCCAGAGCCGAAAGAUAUAUCGAAACAUGUGGAAAACCAGAUGUACAACUAUAACUAUGAAAGUUCUAUGCCGGUGGUGUGGGGCUGGAAACCCGAGGAGAAAUUCAACGUGCGACCGAUACAGCCCGUACCUAAAAAUAUUUAAACUUAAAAUGACAUUUAAAUUAUUACACCACUACUUAAUCAGUGUUGCCAUAAAAUUGAAAAAUAAUCCUAACCAACAAUUUAUUUUUAAUUUUUACAAUUUGACCAACUAUAACUUUAAUGAAAUCUAUUAAAAUGAAAUAUUUCCGUAGUCCAAUAUCAUAAUAAUUUUAAUGUUUUCAUUUUCAAGAUCUGCAUACUCUGGAGUCAGUCGAAACAAUUUUAAUUAAACGCGUUUAUUUUUGACCUAUUUUUAUGUGCAAUAAUGUUGACAUACAAAACCUUUGGCAAUGUAAUUAUUAGAGAGGGUUUAAGCAAUUUUCAAAUCAAUAGAUUUCCUUUUCUACGUGUCAGUUAAAUAAAAAAGGUUUAACGGGCAAUAGGUUCGAUACGCCAAAUUACUAAAUAGUGUUCAAAUAAUGUCCAUUUUAUACAUUUUACUACUAUAAAAUACGAUAUAACAUAGAAAAUAUCAACGCUACAAUAAAAUAGAUACUUUGUUUAUCUCAUAUAUCAUAAUUAUAAUGAAAAAAUAAAUACAAAUCAUUCUACAUACCUCGGUAUUUAAAAUUUAAAUAUAUAAAAAUGUUGAAUGUAGUGCUUAGUAUUCACUUAUGUCUGUGUGUUCAUAGUGGGUAGUGUUUCACAAAUUUUUAAAUAAUUAGAAUAAUCGUGACAAAAUAUUAACCAGUGGCCUUUUCAGCAAUACAAAAUGUUUUUUUUUCAUUCUGUUUUAAGGAAUGUUGUGCUUUGUCUAACAAUCGUUUUGUUGAUUUUGUAUUUAUUGUGUGUUUAUUUUUUUUUCCUAUUUGUAAAGAAAGGUUGUAAUAUUAUUUAACUAAUGCUAAUGAUGAAAACCGUGAAUUUUAGUAUUUAUAUAUCACUUUCACUUUUCAACAAAAUUUUAAUGGUAUUAAUUGAAAUUUUGUU